ACACGGCUUCUUGGAAUGCCAGUGCGAGUCGACCAUCAGACGACGGCACCGUCACUUCCAGUAACCAGCAAGACUCUCAGAAACCCUCGAGGUUCCACAUUCGGGAUUACGGCCUCCAGGGACCUAUUCCCUGGACUUACAUCCGACCUUCCGUCCGCGAUGAGUUUACUGUCAACGGCUCGAUCCAAGCCGUUGAAAAUUUCCGCGGGAUGGAUUCGUACGAUUCCGGAGCGAAGGAGUUCGUCUGGCCAACCGAACAAAUCGACAAUUAUCGGCGACAGGCGGAGGAGCGAGCCCCGAAAGUUUGCCCUUAUGGAGUCAAUAGCACCCUAUCGUUUUACGAGGCGUUAGACAAGUACCCUGUGAAAGGGAAAUCGGUGCUGGUGGUAGGGAGUCAAAUCCCUUGGCUAGAGGGGAUUCUCUUGGCAUUUAAAGCUGGAUCAAUCACGACUGUUGAUUUCAACAAACCGGUUGCAGAUUAUCCCGGAUUGAGGCUGUGGAAUAUUCCUGAGUUGGACGCUACAGAUGAAACCUUCGACGUGGUAGAUUCUUAUUCGUCGCUGGAACACGAUGGGCUGGGGAGAUAUGGCGAUCCGCUAAACCCGGACGGGGAUCGGUUGAGAAUGAUGAAG